AUGGCCAAAAUUAAGAAGAAGGGCCAGUCCGGCCAGGCGAAGAACUACAUCACCCGCACACAGGCUGUCAAGAAGCUCCAGAUCAGCUUGCCCGACUUCCGCAAGCUUUGCAUUUGGAAGGGAAUCUAUCCAAGAGAGCCCAGGAGUCGCAAGAAGGUGUCCAAGUCGGCCACCGCCUCCACCACCUUCUAUUACACCAAGGAUAUCCAGUACCUCCAGCACGAGCCGCUCCUUCAGAAAUUCCGCGAGCAAAAGGUUCUCGAGAAGAAGAUCUCCCGCGCUCUCGGUCGUGGCGAUGUUAGCGAUGCUGCCCGUCUCGAGCGCAAUGCUGGGCGUCCCGAUCAGACCGGCAAGCCGCGCUACACCCUCCACCAUGUCAUCCGUGAGCGCUACCCGACCUUCAUCGAUGCCAUCCGCGACCUCGACGACUGCCUGUCCAUGCUCUUCCUCUUCGCCAACCUCCCCUCCACCACUUCAGUUCCCGCCAAGAUGAUCGCCCGGUGCGAGCGCCUUUGCCACGAGUUCCAGCACUACCUCAUCACCUCUCACAGCCUGCGCAAGUCCUUCUUGUCUAUCAAGGGCAUCUACUACCAGGCCAACAUUCAGGGCGAGGACGUCUUGUGGUUGGUCCCAUACAAGUUCAACCAAAGGGUUGUUGGAGAUAUCGAUUUCCGCAUCAUGGGUACCUUUGUCGAGUUUUACAUGACCCUUCUCGGCUUCGUCAACUACAGACUGUACUCCUCGAUCGGUCUCAAGUACCCACCCAAGUUUGAUCAGACCAAGGAUGACAAGGGUGCUGAGCUUGCCGCGCUCACGUUGGAGGGUGUCAACCUUGCGACAAACGAGGAGACUACCAAAGCGAUCACCAAUGGCGAGGGCCACGGUCCCGACCCCAAGGUUCAGGCUGAGGUUGACAAGCUGGUCAAGAAGUUGAGGACUGAAUCUGCUGCGGACAAGGCUGAUGAGGAGAUGGCCGAUGGCGAGGAGGAGGAGGAAGAGAACGCCACCGACGCCAUCGACAAGUUCGAGCCUGCUGCUCCCGGCGGUGAUGUUCUGCCGCAGCCAACAUACAGUGGCAACGAUCCCUCCAAGCUCUUCGCCAACUGCACCCUCUUCCUCUCGCGUGAAACCCCCCGUCAGUCUCUCGAGUUCAUCCUUCGCGCGUUCGGCUGCAAGAGGAUAGGUUGGGACCCAAUCCUUGGUGAAGGCUCCUUCACAACCGACGAGUCCGACCCUUCCAUCACACACCAGAUCGUCGACAGACCAAUCGUCCAGGCCGCUACCACCGAGCAGGGAGAUGGCGAAGAUAACCAGACCGCACAGAAGCUCGGACCCAACCAAAGAUAUCCCGGAAGAAUUUACGUGCAACCGCAGUGGGUGUGGGACUGCAUCAAUGACGAAGAACUCAAGAGCCCAGAGCUUUAUGCCCCUGGUGCCAGCCUGCCACCACAUCUCAGCCCCUUCGUUAAGCCUACGCAAGGUCAAUACGACCCUACCAUUCCUCUCGAGGAACAGGAGACCGAAGGCGAGGCUCUCGACGCUGCGAUCGAGGAAGCUAAGGAUGAGGUUGAGAGUGAUGAGGAGAACUCCGAGGUUGAUAACGACAUGGACGUCGCCGACGACAACGACAAUGAUGAAGAGGAGGACUCUGAUGCCGAAGAGGACGAGGAAGUGGAAGACGAGGAAGAUGAAGAUGAGGACGAGGAGGAGGUCCUGCAGAGACAACGUGAGCUCGAGGCUGAAAUUUCAGGCAAGGCUGUCAAGAGCAAGCAAGUAGACCCCAAGCUCAAAGCCAAGCUGGAGAAGAAGAAGGCGCUCGAAAGGAAAAAGAAGGAGGAGGCCGAGGAUCUGGAGCGCGCCAAGGGUAUGCUGAGCAAGAAGAAGCGCAAGCUGUUCGAGCAGAUGCAGUACACCAACAAGAAGAAGAGCACAGAGGACAUGAAGCUGCGCUCCAAGAGGAGAAAGCUGGAAAAAGAAAAGGCUGCUGGCAAGGCGUAA